AUGACGGGCCACACAGCGGAGAGAGACCUGUCCCCACACAAUCUGUCAGUGAAGACCACCUUGGAGGAGGAGAUCGGGAGAGCCGAGAGCAUUCUGAGCAGGGUGCCGUCUGUGUGUGAUGACACAUCCUCAGAGCUACAAAGAGUCGCCGCUCUCGAUCCUCAUGGACGCAAUUCCAUAAAUUCAUUUCAAAGGAAUGGAGCCAUGUCAAGGCUGGUGAGCCUGGUGGUGAGGCUGAGGGAAUGGGCCCACAGGGGCAUGCUGGAGGAGGAGCGUCCAGACUCCUUCCUGGAGCGCUUUCGUGGCCCUGAGCUGAGAAUGCCCCCCAGUCGCAUCAGCAACACACAACCAGACGCUAAUGGCAACAAUCCCAAAGGGAUCUUUAGGAAAAAGUGGAAUUUGUUUGUGGUGUCCCCAUCCGAUAACGCCUACUACCGGUGGUUAUCUGUUAUCGCCGUAGCGGUGCUCUACAAUUGGUUCAUCGUUGUGGCGAGGGCAUGCUUUGAGAAGUUACAGGUGGGCAACUACAUCUGCUGGCUGGUGUUGGACUACCUCUCUGACUUUGUGUACAUCAUGGACACAUGCGUCCGACUUCGCACAGGGUUCCUGGAACAAGGUUUGCUGGUGAAGGAUCCCGCUAAGCUUCGAGACAGCUACGUCAGGACUUUACAGUUCAAACUUGACGUAGUGUCCAUCCUGCCCACUGACCUGGCGUACAUCUCCACCGGCAUCCACACGCCACAGCUCAGGUUCAACCGCCUGCUUCGCUUCCCACGCAUGUUUGAAUUCUUUGACCGCACUGAGACACGCACCAACUACCCCAACAUGUUCCGUAUCGGCAACCUGGUACUUUACAUCCUGGUCAUCAUCCACUGGAACGCCUGCAUCUACUACGCUAUAUCCAACUCUUUGGGAUUUGGAUCGGACACUUGGGUGUUUCCAAACAUUUCCAAACCUGAGUAUGCCUCCUUGACUCGGAGUUAUGUCUACUGCCUGUACUGGUCAACUCUCACUCUUACCACCAUUGGAGAAAUGCCUGCUCCUGUGCGGGACGAGGAGUACCUGUUUGUGGUUUUUGACUUUCUCGUUGGGGUGCUGAUCUUUGCCACAAUUGUGGGAAAUGUUGGCUCCAUGAUUUCCAACAUGAAUGCCACACGUGCCGAGUUUCAAGCUCGGAUCGACGCCAUCAAACACUACAUGCACUUCCGCAGAGUCAGUAAAGAACUGGAGACACGCGUCAUUAAGUGGUUCGACUACCUCUGGACCAACCAGAAAGCAGUAGACGAGCAGGAGGUGCUGAAGAAUUUGCCAAACAAACUGCGUGCUGAGAUAGCGAUUAAUGUACACCUGGAGACACUAAAGAAAGUCCGCAUUUUUCAAGACUGUGAGGCAGGCUUGCUGGUGGAGCUUGUGCUAAAGCUACGCCCUCAGGUCUUUAGUCCAGGGGACUACAUCUGCAGAAAAGGGGACAUCGGGAAAGAGAUGUAUAUCAUAAAAGAGGGGAAGCUGGCUGUGGUGGGAGAUGACGGGGUCACACAGUAUGCUCUCCUCACCGCUGGCAGCUGCUUCGGGGAAAUCAGCAUUCUGAACAUAAAAGGUAGUAAGAUGGGAAAUCGUCGGACAGCCAACAUUCGCAGCUUGGGUUACUCGGAUCUCUUCUGCCUCUCUAAGGACGAUUUGAUGGAGGCAGUGACCGAGUAUCCAGAUGCUAAGACUGUGCUGGAGGACAGGGGCCGGGAGAUCCUGCUGAAGGAGGGUCUGCUGGAUGAGACAGAGGAGGGCGGCGGGCUGCAGAAGGAGGACACAGAGGAGAAGGUGGAGAGGCUGGAGUCCUCUCUGGACACGCUUCAGACUCGCUUUGCCCGUCUGCUCAGCGAGUACAAACACACUCAGCAGCGGAUGAAGCAGCGCAUCACCCUGCUGGAGCGCCAGCUGAAUCAGACAGACUGCGGCGCAGAUGCGAGCGAUGACAUGUGUGCAGAGACAGAGCCUGGUGCCCACACAGAGGGGUCUCCGCAUCGGAGCACUGUGCAAACGGAGGACCAAAAGAGCCCAACAAAACACUGAACACAGAAAUAAGGAUAUUUUAGUUUGUUACUUACAUUGUGAGAAUGGUUUAUUGGUUAGCUGUGUGUAAAGGGAUGUCUGCAUGUCAAUAAACAUACAAAGAAAG